AUGCCAGUGCAAGUUGCCAUUGCAAUGUUCCUGCUGUAUGACAGCCUUGGUGCAGCAGUGAUCACAUCUGUAGUAGGAAUCAUGUGUGUUCUUGUGUUUGUUGUGCUGGGCACGAGACGGAACAAGAGGUUCCAAUCUAAUGUGAUGAAGUGUCGGGAUUCAAGAAUGAAGGCAACAAAUGACAUGCUUAACUACAUGCAUGUGAUCAAAUUCCAGGCUUGGGAGGAGCACUUUAAUAAGAGAAUCCAGGCUUUCCGCUAG